AUGGAACGUGAAUUAGCUGAUAUACUUCGCGAGGAGCGUAACUUGGGUCACAAAGGAGAUGUUGGAUGGAAGACAGUUGCUUUCAAUACUACUGCAAAUAUAUUAGCUGCACAAUUUAAUCUCCAGAUAAGUGCUGAUAACAUUAGAAAUCGUGUUAAGUCAUGGAAAAAGUUCUAUGGAGUAGUGAGUGAUAUAUUAAGUCAAAGUGGAUUCAAUUGGGAUUCAACAAAAAAGAUUAUAAGCGUAGAUGAAGAUCAUUCUCAUGACAAUGCUAGAGGUUUUCGAUUCAAAGUUAUAGAAAAUUGGGAUGAUAUAGUAGAUUUGUGUGGCAAAGAUAGAGCCACUGGAGGGGGCGCUGAAAUAGGCGCAUAUGCAACUGAGGUUAUGACUCCUACUAAUGAAGUUGAUCAUGUUGAUUUGGAUGGUGAUACACAAGAUUUAGAAGAUAUUCAUGUUAUUGAUGAUAUUUCACCAACCUCAACAAAUAGUCAAAAAAGAAGAAAUCGUGCAUCAAAUUCUUCUGAUAUUCUUCCUACAAAGAAAAGAGGUGUUGUCAAAGAUGUUAUUGCUGAUUCGAUUGCUAGAAUGGCUUUAUCAUUUGAAGAGUUUAUCUGUGCUGAUACUAAGAACCUUGAUCCAGCAGAGGUAUAUGCUGAAGUACAAGCAAUACCAGGUCUUAGUGAAAAUGAACAACUCAAAGCAUGUGCUUGGCUGAUAGAAAAUGACAAACAAUUUCAGAUGCUGAAGGCACUCCCAAUUAAGAAAAAAAAAAGAAAAAAAGAGAGUAUGUUGCUGAUGUUUAUUGCACGUGGGGAGUGA